AACAAAAAAGAAAGAAGGAAAAGGAGAAGUCGAACUCUCAAAGGGUUACUAUGCAAUUGCGACUGAUUUCUUGGUUUUUUAUCACUUUGAACUUUCUGGAAUACAUUGGCAGCCAGCACGCCUCCAGGGUACGGCGACAGGGAAGAAUGCAUCCUAACGUGAGCCAGGGUUGCCAAGGAGGGUGUGCUACGUGUUCUGACUACAAUGGAUGCCUGUCAUGCAAGCCCAGGCUCUUUUUUGUUCUGGAGAGGAUUGGCAUGAAGCAGAUUGGAGUUUGUCUUUCCUCCUGUCCCAGCGGAUACUACGGGACACGGUAUCCCGACAUUAACAAGUGUGCAAAAUGUAAAGCUGACUGUGAGACCUGCUUCACCAGAAACUUCUGCACAAAGUGUAAAAGUGGCUUUUACUUGUACAGUGGGAAGUGCCUUGAAAAGUGCCCCGAUGGGCUGGAAGCCAACAACCACACGAUGGAGUGCACCAGCAUCGUGCACUGUGAAGCUAGUGAGUGGAGUCCAUGGAGCCCUUGCACAAAGAGAGGAAAAACAUGUGGUUUCAGAAAAGGAAAUGAAGUAAGGUUCAGAGAGAUCGUGCAGCAUCCGUCAGCAAGGGGCAAUCCUUGCCCUGCCACAAGCGAAAGCAGGAAGUGUAUUGUACAAAGAAAGAAAUGUCAGAAGGAAGGAAAAGGGAAAAAAACCAAGGAGGAGAAAAGGAAAAACUCCAACAAAGAGGAGAGCAAGGAGAGCAGGCAGGAAGGCAAAGGGCGAGCAGCCCGCAGGCAGAACCAGGACCAGAGGGAAGGCAACAGCAAAACGCAGCCGAAGAAAAGGAAAGCCCCAAACAAAGAGGAGAACCUGGCCCCCGCUGACACUGCACACUAACAGCCCUCUGUGAUUGUUGGGAGUCUUAUGAUGCUGCUAUCUCUACCAGAUCGCCCUGACAGGUGCUCCAACCCUUCAGGCCAUCCCUGAGGCUACCAGUUCUGAGCAACCCUGAACCAACAUUCCAAGUCCUUCCUAGAUUCUCCGAGCAACCCCUAGGUUCUGAAAGAGAGCGUGCCACGAGCCAAGAGGAAAACAGAACACCCACAGCAACAACAGCAUGAAACAAAAAAGGGGAGGAAACAAAGAAAAAGGAAAGAGAAACCUAAAACUCAACCCCAAUGGGCUACUCUUCAAACUGUUCUGUUCUAUGCUUCCAUGCAUCUGUAAAAGGCAAUUAAGACUUUUUUCUUUCCCUUCUGUUUUGUUUUGUUUUGUGUAUAUAGUAAUAAUAGGGUAUAAAAUAUAGCAAUAUAAUAAUGAGUGACAUUCAGAGGAGAGCAGGUUCUGUUGCUUUGUAAAAUAUUUGUCCAGGUGUUGUUGGAAGGAGGAGGAGGCAAGUGGGGUGUCUGAAGCCCAGCCACCGAUCAUAGCCCUUCGUAUAUUGUACAUAGAUAUGAAGAGAGAGGAGGAACAACAAGCAAGCAACC